AAGAAGAUCAGUUUGAUGAUGAUGAAGAAGAAGACGAGAAUAGUGAAAUCGAGGGUUUUGGCGAUGAGGUACCUCAAAUUAAAUCAAAAAGCAAAGACUCACAAUUGAAUAAGAAACUAAAGAAAUUGACGCCAGAACAAUUACAGAAGGAAGAAAAAAGGAUAAAGAAGACCGGUGUAUGUUACUUAUCAAGAGUGCCACCUUACAUGAAGCCAUCAACUUUGAGAUCUAUACUAUCGCGCUUUGGUAAGAUUGAUAGACUAUUCUUAAAACCUGAAGAUGCCGCUAUUCACCAUAAGAGAGUCAAAUAUGGUGGUAAUAAAAAGAAGAACUUUACAGAAGGUUGGAUAGAAUUUGUUAGCAAAAAGGAUGCCAAAAUGUGUGCAUCUACUUUAAAUGGAAAUAAACUUGGCGGUAAGAAAACUUCAUAUUAUUAUGAUGAUGUAAUAAAUAUCAAAUACCUUUCUGGAUUUAAAUGGUUUGAUUUAACUCAACAAAUUGCCAAGGAGAAUGAAGUAAGGCAAGCCAGAUUAGCUUUAGAAUUAUCUCAACAACAGAAAUUGAAUAAAUCUUUUGUUAACAAUGUAGAAAAGUCCAAGAUGAUCUCCAAUAUACAAAGAAAGAGAAAAGAAAAGGAAAUAGAAAGAGGUGAUGAAGCUGAACGAGGAGAGGAAGAAAUAAGGAGAAGUUUUAAACAAAGAAAAGUCAGUAGUAAAAGAGCAGAUGCUGAUACUUCUAUAAAGGACGAUGCAAAACCAAGCGAUAGAUUAAACUCGGUGUUAUCAAAAGUAUUCUAGUACCAGUAUUCUAGUACCUUAUAUAUUGUUAAUUGAUGAUAAUACAUUUAUAAUUUACAUAAUAGUUACAUAUACACACAUACAUAUAG